AUGUUGAAGUUAAAGUAUAUUUUUUAUUAUUUAACGAUAUUUGAUCCAUUUGAUGCUGCAUGUUUAUUAAACAGUAAUAAAUAUUUUCCAAGUCGUGUUAGUAUCAAAGAAUCAAGUGUUGCUAAAUUUGGAUCUGUUUGUCGUAGAGUUUAUAGAAUUUUUUCACAUGCAUAUUUUCAUCAUUUAACGAUAUUUGAUCCAUUUGAACAUGAAACAUAUCUAUGUCGAAGGUUUACUGCAUUUGUCACCAAGUAUAAAUUGAUGUCAAAAGAUAAUUUGAUUGUACCAAUUUCUAAAGAAGAUGGUGCAACUGAAAGUGAAGCAUAAUUUUAUGAUAAAAAAAAUUUAAAAAGAAAAAUAAAUACAUACAUGUGUAAGACAUCAAAAAAAACGAAAAAAACAAAAA